GUCAGCGUACGGUCUGAUGUUAUGUGAGGCUGCAGAUGCACGAGAAGGGAAAGAAAUGCAGCAGAGGGGCGCCCUACAUGUUAACAGGCAGAGACAUAGCAUUGGAAGUUACAUGCAUCUAACUUUGUGAGUGUAAUCAGGCCACCAUGCUGCCCUGGAGGAUGGUUAUCGUUGGGUUUUUCUACUGCUGCAUCGACGCAGGUGUCACCCAGCAUCAAACUAAAGCCCUAUUUCCAGCAGCAAGCAGAGCAAAAAAAGGGGUGGCAAAUGUGGUUAACUCCACCUUCCACAACUCCUUUGAUGAUGUUCAUCUAUUAUUUGAGGUACUGCUGUCUGGGGUUCACUUUGAGGCCAGUGGAGAGUUUUCAGUACAAGAUGCUGAGUUGGCUUCACUUCGCAAGACAAGAAACCUGAAAGUCAUCUGUGAGGAGAUCAUUCCCAGGAAGCUAACAGACAUAUUUAGGCUCAUCUCUGACCUUUCGAAUCAAAUUGGUCCCCUACAUCAGGACGAUUUUGAACGCACCCUAUUGACCUUGGUAUACACCACCCAGCAGCUUGUCAAUUCCACUACUGGGCAUGAACGAGAUGUUUGGGAAGAGUCCUUUGUUAGUUUGUACAAAGCCAUUAAGCAGGAUCUAACAGGGACAAAUUAAACAGACUGUUCUUAUGCAGUGGCUUCAUGAUGGACUUUACUAUGUACAUAACAAAAAAAAAUUUUUUUUUUUUUUUUUGAAAAAUAUGCAUUAAGAUCAGAGGGUAGCCCAGAAGUGAAGAAGCUGUUAGGUAAAGAAACUGCCACAAAUAGAUAAAGUGCAUGGACUGAUAAUGAUGCAAUUAUUAACACACUGACUGUCACAUCAAAGUUAAUUUAAACACGAGGUAUAUAAAUGACAAUAUAUGAAUGAAACUAUAGUCAGAUUAAUGCUAACUAAACAUCAUGGAUCUACUUACAUUCACAUGUCUUUUCAGUGUUUGUUCACUAGCACCUGUCUGUAAUCACAUGGUGAAAUCAAAGAAAACAAUAAAAUUUCAAGCUUUAAACCAAAGAAAUUAUUGGUUCUAUCCAAUAGUAAACAGUGUAUGCUCUAUGAGAAUGUCAGAUUAGUGUACCGAAAAAAAAUGUCUUCAAGAAAAUAUAGAUUCCUAGAUAUAGAUAGAUACAUUAUAUGGACAAAAGUAUUGGAACACCUCACCAUUGCACCAAAGGAGACUUUGUGACAUCACCUUCUAAAUAUGUAGACAGCUUUGCAGCUACGAAAGCUUCCACUCUUCCGCAAAGGCUUCCCAAAAGAUUUUAGUGUGAUAGAGUGUUUCUUUGGAAAUUUUUGCCCAUUCACACAGUAGAGCAUUUGUG